AUGCCUACUGGUAUAGAUUUGACAUACAAAGGGAGCACCAAUACAAAGGUCCUUGAGCUUUACGAGGCCCUCAUUCUCGAUGCAUUGAAAGGGGACCAUUCCAACUUUGUCCGCAAUGAUGAACUCGAUGCUGCGUGGAGGAUCUUCACGCCGAAUCUGCACUGGAUAGAUGGCCAGAACGGACCGAAACCUGUUCCUUAUCUUUAUGGUUCUCGGGGACCCAAGGAGUUGGAAGCAUUUGCCGAAAAAUACGGCUGCAAAUGUGCAAAUAUAGGAUAG